AUGCCCUCUUCAACCACCCCAGAUUUCAAAGUGUCUUCAAAACAAGCGCAAGAUUAUGAAUCACAGUAUUCAGCUCAUAAUUAUCAUCCAUUGCCGGUAGUAUUCUCAAAGGCAUCUGGCGCUCAUGUAUGGGAUCCCGAGGGAAAAGAAUAUUUGGAUUUCCUUUCUGCUUACUCGGCAGUGAAUCAAGGUCAUUGUCACCCCAAAAUCAUUGAAGCUUUAAUUGAUCAAGCUUCAAAAUUAACUUUAUGUUCAAGAGCAUUUUCGUCUGAUGUAUUUGGCGUUUAUGCCAAGUACAUUACUGAAUAUUUCAACUAUGAAAUGGUAUUACCUAUGAACACUGGUGCUGAAGCGGUGGAAACAGGAUUAAAAUUAGCUAGAAGAUGGGGAUAUGUUAAAAAGGGGAUUCCUGAAAAUGAAGCAAUCGUUUUGUCAGCUACAAACAAUUUCCACGGUAGAACAUUGGGUGUUAUUUCAAUGUCUACUGAUCCUGAUGCUACAACCAAUUUUGGUCCUGCUUUACCGAAUGUUGGUCCUCAAAUUCCCGGAGAACCAAAGGGAACAUUGUUGCGGUAUGGAGUAAUCGAAGAUGUUGAAAAGGCGUUUGCUAAUGCUGGUGAUAAAAUAGCUGCUAUAUUACUAGAACCAAUUCAAGGUGAAGCUGGUAUUGUUGUACCACCACCUGAUUAUUUACCUCGUGUUCAACAAUUGUGUAAACAACAUAAUGUGUUGUUGAUUUGUGAUGAAAUUCAAACUGGUAUUGCCAGAACUGGGAAAAUGUUAUGUUAUGAACAUUCCGAGGGAGUCAAACCUGAUAUUAUCUUGUUGGGAAAAGCCAUUUCUGGAGGUGUUGUACCAGUGUCGGCUGUAUUAUCAUCAAAAGAAAUCAUGUUGACCUUGGAACCAGGAUCCCAUGGAUCUACAUACGGUGGUAACCCAUUAGCAUGUAGAGUAGCCAUUGCCGCUUUACAAGUGAUUAUAGACGAAAACUUAGUUGAAAGAUCACAAAAACUAGGUGACUUGUUGAAAUCAGAAUUGAUUAAACUUCAACAAGAAAGUAAUGGUAUCAUCAGUGAAGUUAGAGGUAAAGGUUUGUUGUCAGCUAUAGUUAUUGAUGAGUCCAAGACCAAUGGUAAAACUGCCUGGGAUUUGUGUUUGUUGAUGAAGGAUCAUGGAGUAUUGGCUAAACCAACUCAUGAUAAUAUUAUUAGAUUAGCCCCACCUUUGAUUAUUAGUGAAGAAGACUUAUUGAAAGGAGUUGACUCAAUUAGAAAAUCUUUAAAAGAGUUGAGCAAAUGA